UUCCCUUUGAGAGACAAGCAAACUAAAAAAUCAAAUUGUGAUUAUGUUUUAUCCAUAAUAAUCAACCCUUAAGGUCUUCUGCUGCAGGAUAAGAGUGCAGUGCGUGUGACUGUAAAUGGGUGUGUGUUUGUGUGCAGGGACUCUGUGGAUGUGCAUUGUGCUGAACCCCCACUGUAAACCCGAGCAGAAAGGUUUCUGGCUUCGACAGCUACGCAGGUGGAACAGUGUGGACGUCUGCCCCUUGGAGGAUGGUAACCAUGGCAGCGAGCUGACCAAUCUGACCAAUGUUCUGCCCCAGGGCCCUCCCGGCAACCUAGACCCACUAACUCGGCCUCACCGGACCGUCUUCACACGGGCGAUUGAGGCCUGUGACCUGCACUGGCAGGACCCCCACCUGCAACACAUCAUCACAGAGGACCACUACGCCAACUACUGUUACCAUGACAACCUGGACAGCUCCCUCUUUGACGCCCGAGGGUGGCCUCUGUGGCACGAGCAUGUCCCCACUGCCUGCGCCCGAGUAGAUGCCCUGAGAUCACACGGUUACCCCAAGGAGGCGCUCAGGCUGGCCAUCACCAUAGUCAACACACUGAGGAGGCAACAGCAGAAACAGCUGGAGUUCUUCCGCACUCAUAAAAAAGAACUGCUCCACAAAGGCGUCACAUCAGUGACCAACCUGGAGGGCUGGGUGGGCCACCCUCUGGACCCCAUCGGCACCCUGUUCAGCACUCUGAUGGAGACGGGGCACGGCAGGGAGGACGGAGCCUCAGUGCUUCUGGACUUCUCAGGCUCACCGUGUGCAGGGAGGACGACGGAGCCGCCCGUUUUCCUGGCGCACCGCUUCCUGGAAGAAGGCGAGUCGUUUGUGUCGCUGGCCGUGGAGACGGCUCUGAUCGGUCUGGGGCAGCAGAGGGUGAUGCCCGACGGCCUUUACGCCCAGGAGAAAGUGUGUCGCAACGAAGAGCAGCUGUUGGCCAAGCUCCAAGAAGUCGAUUUAGGCGACUCGUUGGUGAAAGUCUUCCAGAAGCAAGCUGUUUUCCUGCUAGAGGCUGGUCCUUACAGUGGUCUGGGAGAAUUACUCUACAGAGAGAGCGUUCCCAUGCACACCUUUGCCAAGUAUCUCUUCACCUCACUGCUACCUCAUGACGCCGAGCUGGCGUACAAAAUUGCACUGAGGGCCAUGAGAUUGCCAGUCCUGGAGUCCACAGCCUCCUCUGGUGACUUGUCCCGGCCCCACCAUAUAGUGUCGGUGGUUCCCAACCGCUACCCUCGCUGGUUCACGCUCAGCCACAUAGAGACCCAACAAUGUGAACUGGCCUCUACCAUGCUCACUGCUGCUAAAGGCGACACUCGUAAACUACAAACAGUGUUAGAGUCCAUCCAGAAGAACAUCCACUCCUCAUCACACAUCUUCAAACUGGCCCAGGAUGCCUUCAAGAUCGCCACGCUCAUGGACAGUCUGCCCGAUAUCACUCUGCUCAAAGUCUCCCUGGAGCUGGGCCUUCAGGUGAUGAGAAUGACCCUGUCCACCUUGAACUGGAGGAGGAGGGAAAUGGUGCGAUGGCUCGUCACUUGUGCUACAGAAGUUGGAGUGUUUGCACUGGACAGCAUCAUGCAGAGCUGGUUCACCCUCUUCACACCCACUGAAGCCACCAGUGUCGUGGCCAGCACGGUCAUGUCGAACAGCACCAUCGUCCGCCUGCAUCUGGACUGCCAUCAGCAGGAAAAGCUGGCCAACUCAGCCCGCACCUUAGCCCUGCAGUGUGCCAUGAAGGACCCCCAAAACUGUGCCCUGUCAGCCCUGACGCUUUGUGAGAAGGACCACAUUGCCUUCGAGACGGCCUACCAGAUUGUACUGGACGCAGCUGCUACAGGAAUGAACUACACGCAGCUGUUUACAAUAGCGCGCUACAUGGAGCACCGUGGUUAUCCUAUGAGAGCGUACAAGCUAGCAACGUUAGCCAUGACUCACCUGAACCUCAGCUACAACCAAGACACACACCCGGCCAUCAACGACGUGCUCUGGGCUUGUGCGCUCAGUCAUUCGCUGGGGAAAAACGAACUGGCGGCCGUCAUCCCCCUGGUCGUGAAGAGCGUGAAGUGCGCCACCGUUUUGUCGGACAUUCUGCGGCGGUGCACGCUAACGACGCCAGGCUUGGUGGCGCUGCACAGUCGCAGGAACUCUGGGAAGCUGAUGUCUCUGGACAAGGCCCCGCUCAGGCAGCUACUGGACGCCACUAUCGGGGCCUACAUCAACACGACGCACUCUCGGCUGACACACAUCAGCCCACGCCACUACAGCGAGUUCAUCGAGUUCCUCGGCAAAGCCAGGGAGACUUUUCUCAUGGCGCAGGACGGACACAUCCAGUUCACUCAGUUCAUAGACAACCUGAAACAGAUAUACAAGGGCAAAAAGAAACUCAUGAUGCUUGUUCGAGAGAGAUUUGGCUGAAAGAGCAUCGAAAGACCAUGUGACCCUUUUUUUUAUACUUGAGACUUGUUUUUUGUUUUUUUUAUCCUCUCUAACUUGAAGAAAAAAAAAUCCACUUAAAACGACAUUCACACAAAUCUUACUCUAAUAACUUGGAACUGCUGGGUCUAAUGUGAUAAUGAGACGUCGGGGUGUAAUUAAAUGCACAUCAAGCUAAGGUUUUAAGAGCAGCGUCGAUGAGACUAAUCGACUCCAAGCCACGAAAAUGGACUGAAAAAAAGCUGAAAAUGUUUCUGUAUCAGGUCAAUAUGCUCACCUGUAUACAUUCAAUUAUAUAACACAAAUAGCAUUAGCGUCCCAAAGCAAUUAGCAACACAAGAAUGUGGAUCUCACAUGUUAUGCUAAAAUAAAAAUAUCCCAAUAUUGACCAAAACUAUUGACUACACUCAAUGGAAAUAAGACCAAACUGAUCCACAGAGGUUUGUGACUUGGAGUCUCUUUUCAGUCUAACGCGAUAAGAGACAAUUUCUAGAUAAUUACACGUCAUUUAACUCCAGCUGCACCAUGUGUUAGCACAGUCACAUCCUCGGGUUGACUGAAGUGUUUGAAUCCCAAUUACCUCCUAAAAUAAAACAGGCUUGAAAUCAAACCCAUAAAAGUAAAACACCCGGUAUGGAUGUGUGUAAAAAAAAAAAAACCAAGAAAAACAUUAGAUGUGAAGAAGAAGUAGAGAAUUCAUGGACGUGUGUUUGUGUGUUUCCCUUUACAUGUAUGAACGUGGGAGUGUAAGAGUUUUACACUGAGUAUAAACUGUAUUGUUUAAUGUCCUUGCACUCCUCUUAUGUCCCUCAGUUAACAUCCGCAGCCUCAAAGAGAAAAAACAAACGGCUUUAAACCAAAUGGAGCGACUCCAUCUGAAGUAUCAAGUACCUCUUUUUAAGGAUCCAGCUUUAUCCCCCGGUCCUCACCCCCAUCCUCACCCAUCUGCUCAGUCGGGUGAAAGGAGAGAGAGAAAAAAACUCAUAACCCAUGAUCAGAGUUCAUAAACUGGAUCGUUUCUUUUUUUGUUGUUCUGCCAAAUUCAGGCCGACUGUUCUGGUUCUUGCAGUGUUGUCUCAAACGUUCAGUAUGCUUAGUUUACAGACCAUAAUGUCACGGCUGUCACAGUGCUUGCUCUAGUGGAAACUGUCAAACAUACAUUCUCAGGGAUUUCUCUUUUUUGAAAAAAAGAAAAAGAAAAAAGAAAAAAAGAGAGAGAAUAAAAGCAUUUUAAUGUCCUGUAUAUAUAUGAAAGUAUAUGUCUGAAUAUUGAAAAAAAAAAUGUA